AUGCUUUAUUCUACGUCGUCAACGAUCGAAGCUCUCUUACCAAUUCCAUUACUGAUUGGAAUCGCCGUCCUGUGUUUAUCACUGGCAGCAUUCUGUAUUCUACUCACAUGUUUCGCUGUUAUUGUUAGCAGAAGUUAUCCAAUUAGUUCGGAUACGUCUAUCGUUUCGACUCAAUGUUUAACUAUUUUGAGAAGAGCUUCUCAAAAACUGCGUGCAGACUCGACUACCACAUCAAAACCUUCGCUUGAUCAAACCACCAAAGUAUCAGAUCAGCGAUCAACCAGUAAUGAUGAUGUUGAUCAAUUUUCUUGUGAUAAAGAAAUUCAAUGUCCAACGGUAGAUGCGUUCAGCACGGAUAGUUUGACAUUCACAGCCCCAUUACAAGUUCCGCCACAAUCAACAGUCACAUCGGAGCAUAAAAUCGAUUUUGAGCGAGAAGAAGAUAUAACGUUGAAACAACUGCAAUCGUCUCAGGACAGUUUAACCGAAUUUUUUUUAAACAACUCAUCGUGGAAUAAGAUCACUCCGCCAAAAAUGUCCUCGUUACCGUGUAUAAAACUUCGUAAAUCCGAUGAUAGUGUAGAAUUAUCAAAGAUAACCGUCAUCGAGGCUCCUCAGUCGUUACCCAAUAUUCCGAAGCGCUCCACAGUCAAAGAUGUCACUAAAAUGAAUGGGGAUGAAAAUCAUAUCACACCCACAACAACAACCAUAGCAGUACCUCAAACCGAUAUUCAAACGAGACAAACGCGAAAACAUCGAACACUACCCACAUUCUCAGUCAACUCCUUUGACUCAUUGUUCUCAAAAGAUUCGUUAGCAGAAUAA